UCCUUCCUUGAUCCUUCUUAGCACUUCCAUUUCUAGCUCUCUCUUCCUCCCUCACAAACAGGAGAAUGAUAUAGGGCACAAGUUGAUAUAAAGAAAAGAAAGGUACACGAGCACUAGUAAAGGCAAAUUAAUAAUAGCAUCAUGUGGCUCUUUGGUUUCUCCACCAGCCAUCCAAGAAACCGAUGGAUAAUCGGUGCUAUUCUGCUGGUGGUUCUUCUAACCAUAGUCUUAAAGAAGUGGGCAGUCUACGUAGAAGACCAAGAAAACAAAUGGUCAGAAAGAGAGAGAGUUAGUUUGUGUUGCCCAGGUGUUAUAAGGACAUAUGCGCUCCAAGAAUUGAAAACGGCGACAGCGGAUUUCAAGUUUCGAAUCGGGGUCGGAGCCACUUCUUUCGUGUAUCUUGCGGAGCUUGGAGACGGAAGAUUUGGUGCAGUGAAGCGGGUGAUGGAGGAGAGGGGUGGCAGCAGGAAGAUGUUCUUGGAUGAAGUUUCAGUUUUGCUAAGAAUUUCUCAUCCAAAUUUGGUGGGCUUAUUGGGCUUUUGCUUGGACAAAGGUGAACAACUUCUACUACUGGAGUACAUCCCAAACAAGAGCCUUUUUGAUAAAAUGCACACAUACCAUGGCCAAUCCUCAGGGAUAUUGACAUGGUCUAACCGGUUGAACAUUGCUCUUGACAUUGCUCGAGCCCUUGAGUACCUUCACUCACAAGCCGACCCACCCAUCAUUCACAGAGAUGUCAAGUCCUCUAACAUUCUCUUAGUUGACAAUAACCAUGCCAAGUGCUGACUUCUUGCUGACUUUGGCCUUUGCAAGUUGGGCUAUGGCACAGAACAUGGCUCACAAACUCCAACUAGUGUAAAAGGUUCAUUUGGUUACAUUGACACUAUUUAUCUUAGUACAGGCCUAGUCUCGCCUAAGAGUGAUCUUUAUGGUUUUGGGGUCUUAUUGCUUGAGUUAAUAACGGGCCUGAAAUCCACACAAGGCUCACUAACACUUGUGGAAUGGACUGAGGAGUGCCGGAAGAGCAAUGAUUUUGAGGCCUUGGCUAGAAUGUUGGAUCCAAAACUAAAUGAUGAUGCAAAUUUAGAGCAACUACUAUCUUUGAUUAGUGUAGCCAACUUGGCCUUACUUGAGAAUUUAGAAGGGAGACCUGAUAUGAGCCAGAUUGUGGAUGUGAUUUUGAGUUCUAUAGAACCCCAACUCCAAUUAGAGCUGUCGGUAUAAAAUUGUACAGAAUGUAGCGAAACAUAGGUACAAUUCCUUAAAUAUUAUAUCUUAAAAUUUUCAAUCAAAUUCAACCAUAUGGUUACAUCGAAGUAUUGAAUAAUAUAGCACAAAAUGUGUUAUCUUUUUUCAAGAA